AUUGAACACCACUGUAUGGGUUUUAGGUUGACGAGUGACGAUUUGGCUACGUCACCACGUCCUCCACAGCGAAAGCGUAACUUCCGCGUUGGUGGUCUCCAAUGGCAACCGAGUGACCUCGAACCUCCCUGGAUGGAUUCCCUUUCAGAGACGGAGAUGUCAAAGAUAGCGAGGCUUCCGAGGAAUGCUGGCAUCCAAAGACUCAGCCGUCACUUCCAUUGGUUCGAGUUCACCAACGAAAAGCUCCCUUUACAUCAAGAGUUUGUAUAUGGUGUCGCCAUGUUCACCGCAGGGCAAGGCUUCUCCUGGGCCGACGUGAUCCGCUCAGCUAUGUUUGCCAAGGCCAUCUUCCCUCAGUCUCAUGAAUUCGACAUAAACAAUUUCUGGCCCCUGCUCCGAGAUGUGCUGUUUGAGCAUUUCCCAUACUUGACGCCCUUACACCGGCAUGUCUUCACCCAGUACCUGAUCGACACCUGCGUCUGCAGAAGGAGGCUGUUCCAGGUGGCGGUAGAUGUAACGGCUGAGGAGCUGCUUGUUCGGAAACAGCUGGAGGUGCAGCUGCCGCCCACCCUCUGCCCUUUAGCACAGGGCACCGAUCUCGAGAUGUGGGAGGCGCAGUCUGAGCUGCGAGCAAAACGCGAUUCCUCCCUGAAGCAGUUGGAGGAAAAACUCAAAUGUGUCCUGGCCGAGCCACGGGUCACUCUGGAGGACUUUAACGUCCCAUCAGAUGGGAUUCUGGACAAAGAGAGUGCUGUGGUGUUGGUUCGAUCUGCAGUCAAAGCCACAGGGGGCCAAGUGCUAGCAAGUCUGAGACAAGAGGUGUCCCUCCGCAAGGAGAUCUGUCAGAUCAAAAUGCAGCAGGAGGCUUUGAUCGCUGCUGGACGCCCGAAAAUACCAACUCCUGUCGUGACAUCAAAAAAGUCAAAGGGAGAAAAACCAAAACCAAAAGCAGGAAAGAAGAAAUAACUGAAAACUUAAAAGCAGAUUUAAUUAAAAGGGAAACUAAU